ACGAAACGGCGGGGGACUCGGAAAGGAUUUUACGUUUUAACGGCGCCACACUUUAGCUACAACAGAGGGCGAGAAUUUACGAGGACACUCCAAAAAAGUUCAUAAGCCGAGAACAAAUUACUUGUCAGCUGACUAUCAACUUUCCCAUCGAAUCAUCAACGAGUGGAAUUCACUACCUCAGCACGUGGUUGAGACUCCAUCCGUCGACUCUUUCAAAAGAAAGUUGGAUCAACUGAGAGACCACCAUUGCCAGGACUAACACAGGCCAUCAAGCCUCCUGUCCUUCCCAAACUGAAACUGGUACUCAGUCACAUAUUUGUCCACGAUUAAAUCAUCCAGCUCAGGGAUCAAGACUACACCAAUGUGUGGAAGUUACUUGUCUUAAAGAAUAAACAGCAAUAAACCUAGUACUGAGUCAUGAGCUGCUUCAGUAAAUUCUAGUUUUCAAAAGGGGGUUAGUAGUUAGUUCGUACCUUGUCAGUGGCCAACCAGAAAGUUUCCAAUCCGCAUAAACUGAUGUCUGGAGAUUCUGGUGCUUUUCAGAGUCAUUAGGAACCAAUUGUUCGUUACUGUAUGACAGGCUUUACUGCUAACACUUAUUCCUGUUGCUUUUUCGCAAGAUAAUAGAAUAUAUCGCCGAUUGAGUCAGCUGUCACCAUCAAACUCAUAUAGCAUCUACCAAUUCAGUACCUACAGACGAAAAGUCGACUUAUUGACGGUAAUAAGUGGUCGUGAGUGUCUACGAUGAUAAUCUACAUUUUCUUCCUCACCUUAUUGUGUGGAAAAGUGAGCGCAUGGGAUUCUGGAGAACUCCAAAUGUUUGAUUUAGUUGAAGAAGUCAAGGAAAAUUUUUAUGACUUUCUGGGGGUUUCUCAUACUGCUGAUAUUUCUGAAAUAAAACGUGCUUACCGAAAGUUAUCUUCUAAACUUCAUCCAGACAAGAAUCCAGAUGAUCCUACUGCAGAACAGAAGUUCAGAAGGCUUGUAGGUAUUUACGAAGUCCUUAAGAAUUCGGAAUUACGUGCCAAAUAUGAUGAAGUGCUGAUAAAUGGUUUGCCCAGUUGGCGAACCCCAGUAUUUUACUUGAGGAAGCUCCGCAAAAUGUCUAACUACGAACUGUUUGGGUUGUUCUUUGGAAUGGCUACCAUAAUUCAUUAUGCUACACUUUGGGGCUCAGUUUUUGAGAAGCGGCUUACUUUGGAAAAUCAACUUAGCACUUCUUUAAAACGUCACAAAGCUCGUGAUCGGAAGUUGGAACUAAUAAACCAAGAGAUAUCUGACGAACUUCAAAAGAUUCCCGCUCCCGGAUGGUUUGAUUUGCUUCCGUUCGCUAUUGUCAGAUGGAUAUAUGCUAUCAUCACAUUUAUUCCUGUUUUCGCUGAAUUUAUUAACGGAAAGAUUUCUGAGAAAUUACAAGAACGUCGUGAACUCAGGGAAGAAGUUCGAAUUCUUCAAGAAAAAAAAGAAAAACUUAAGGCUGAUAAACAAGAACGCAAACGUCGCUUAUUACACGAACAAACAAUCCUUAGAGAAGUUGUAAAGGAGGCUGGCCAAUCAACUUUGAAUUCAGUCCUUACAGACAUUCCUAAUAUUGAGACUGAGAGUUCUGAUGAAGAUUCAAAAAGUGAAGCAAAAGAUCCUGUUUAUCGAGAAUGGUCAGAAGUGGAUAGAGACAAUUUAGUUCGUGCGGUAAUUCGAUAUCCUGGAGGUGUUCCUGGGAGAUGGCAACGUAUCGCAGAAUCUCUUGGUCGCAGUGUUCCUGAUGUUAUUCGUAAAGCGAAAUAUAUGAGUAAAGAAUUAAUGUCUAUUUCUCAAAAAAAUAUAAAUCCUGAUGAAAUCCCAACCUUUGAAACAAAUGUAAAUAAUUUCUGUGGAGAAAGUAAUUCUGAACAAAGUAAUAAUCAAUCAGACGAAUCAGGUGAAGAACAAUAUUCAAAGAAACGACUUCGUAAACGUUUAUUGAGACGAAAAGAACCCUGCGUUGUCAAUCAAACAAAUGGAGAAACUCAACUAAAUGAGAAUAAUGAUUUGUCUUCAGACGUCGUCAUAGUUGAUGAACCAUAUAUUAGUCGAAAAAAACUCAAACAACAGAAAGAUGAAGCAACACUUAAAUCUACAGAAAUUAAACCUAUCAAAAGUAAUGAUGGAUGGACUAAAGUAGAACAACAACAAUUGGAGGUCGCUAUACGCUCUAUUGGUAAAGGGACACCUGAGCGAUGGGAUCGGAUCACAGAAUGUAUCCCAACAAGAACAAAGGCAGAAGUGAUGGCUCAUGUGAAGUAUCUCUCAACUCUUGUUCAACAAAAACACUGAAUUAUCCCUUAUUGUGUUAUCAUUCCCUUAGGUAUAUAUUUAUAAACCCCCAUGUUUCAGACUGUGAUCUUUCAUCCCUUAUAGUGUGAUAUAAUCCAUGUAUUUAUAGUAAAAUUGCAAAUUAUUUACUGG